AUGUCAGUUUUCUUGAAAAUAUUAAAUCCGGUCAUUCUGCUUGGAUAUUCCAGGCAAACCGGACGUAACUUUGAGCAGGAUAACUUGAUAAUAGCGCCAAGACAAAAUGUCAUAAUUAGCCGAACAGCACGAAGCCAAGGAAUUUCCACUGAAAAUGUUAUAGAUAAGAAUCAACCAAAAUUGUCGAGAAUAAUUAAAGGUCAUUCGGAAACCAAAAUGGACGCCAAAUGCAAUAGCCAAGAAUUAAGGGAACUUAUGUUUGAGAGUAUUAGUGAUAAUUCAUCAAUAUCAAAACGUGCUAUAAAUGAUCGAGCACAAGCAAAAUUUGGUGGUACCAUUGAUGUGAUUUGCUCGAAAGGUCAUUUCUCCUAUGUGUACAGCUCUAAUUUAUAUUGCGAAGCUACGAAAGGUGAUGUGACCUGUAUUGCAUUUCGACAAAUAGGUUAA